AUGCGGAUGCUGCUCGGUUUCUACGUGCACCUCAUCACGCUCGCGCUCUACACGGCGGUGGCGUUGGAGAGCGACGACGCCGAGCUCAGCAACACCGAGAUUGCCCUGACGUUCCAUGUCAUGGCCGAGAUCGUGAGCAACUUCCUCCAAAUGCGGGCGGGCUUCGUGGAGUUCUGGCGGGACAAGUGGAACUGGCUAGAGAGCCUGUCCCUGCUCCUGCUGGCGGGAGGGCUGACCAUCCGACUCGGCAACAGCGACGUGCACCAGGGUCGCGCGUUGUUCGCCCUCAGCGCCCCGGUCGUGUGCUCUCGCGUGCUGUUCUUCGGACAGUUCUUGAAGCGCCAGGGCCUCGUGAUCCAGGCGAGCUUGAGCGACGGGUUGUGCCCUCACCACGACGUGGUCGUUGUGCAUCUUGGCGCGUGA